GCUGAAAACCAUUCUAUGGUUAUUGGAGGACUAUUUCCUAUUCACUCUAGAACCAUCCCAACAAAUGACUCUGACAUGGAACUCGUAUCAGCCAUGUGUGAAGGGUUUAAUUUCCGGGGUUUCCGCUGGAUGAAAACCAUGAUCCACACCAUCAAGGAGAUUAAUGAGAGGAAGGACAUUUUGCCCAACCAUACUCUGGGCUACCAGAUAUUUGACACCUGUUUCUCUGUCUCCAAAGCAAAGGAGACUGCUAUGACAUUUCUUACAGGACAGGAAGAAAGGCCCAAUUAUAGAAACAGCACAGGAAAAUAUCUCGUAGGAAUUAUUGGAUCAGGAGGCUCAUCCUUGUCAGUUACUGCUGCAAGAAUUUUCGGGUUGUAUUAUAUGCCUCAGGUAGGCUAUACUUCUUCCAGCGCAAUUCUUAGUGACAAAUUCCAGUUUCCAUCAUUUUAUCGCUCAAUACCCAGUGAUAAGAUCCAGAUUGAGGCCAUGGUGAGUCUUAUCACACAUUUUGGUUGGGUCUGGGUAGGUGCUAUUGCAUCUGAUGAUGAUUAUGGAAAAUAUGGAGUAAAAUCCUUUAGGGAAAAAAUGGAGACUGCCAAUCUCUGUGUUGCUUUCUCUGAAAUCAUUCCAAAAGUCUACUCCAAUCAGAAAAUGCAAAAAGUUGUUAAGGCAAUAAAAAGUUCCACUGCCAAAGUCAUUGUUCUUUAUACUUCUGACAUUGAUCUCAGCCCAUUUGUGCUGGAAGUGAUUCAUCAUAACAUAACUCACAGGACAUGGGUAGCCAGUGAAGCCUGGAUUACCUCAGCUCUCAUUGCAAAGCCUGAGUAUUUCCCCUAUUUUGGUGGAACUAUUGGGUUUGCAAUACCAAGAAGUGUUAUACCAGGACUAAAAGAAUUUCUUUAUGAUGUACACCCUAACAAGGAUCCAAAUGAUGUCUUGACCAUUGAAUUCUGGCAAACUGCUUUUAACUGUACCUGGCCCANNAGCAGUGUGCCUUACAAUGUGGAUCACAGAGUGAAUAUGACUGGUAAAGAAGACAGAUUGUAUGACAUGUCUGAUCAGCUCUGCACUGGAAAGGAGAAGCUGGAGGAUCUGAAAAAUACCUAUCUGGAUACAUCACAGCUAAGAAUCACAAACAAUGUCAGACAAGCUGUAUAUCUUAUAGCUCAUGCCCUGGAUCGUUUAAGCAGUUGUGACUUAUUGGAAGAAUAUAGGAAUAGUACAGCAUGUUCACAUAUACCUGACUUUGAGCCCAAAGAGCUACUGCCUUACUUUAAAAAACUGAAAUUUACUACCCAUGAUGGAGCAGAAAUAGAGCUUGACAGCAAUGGAGAUGUAGACAAUGGAUAUUAUGAUAUCCUCAAUUGGCACAUGGGUGAUGCUGGGGAAAUCACCUUUGUUAAGGUUGGAGAAUACAAAUUUACAUCUACAAAAUCUGAACUUGUUCUUCCAAAGAAUUCGUCAUUGUUUUGGAACACUGAAUCCUCAAGGCUUCCAGAUUCAGUCUGCACAAAACUGUGUGCUCCAGGGACCCGAAAGGGGAUUCGACCGGGACAACCCCUAUGCUGCUUUGUUUGUAUCCCAUGUGCAGAUGGGUAUGUGUCAGAGAAACCAGGCCAAAGAGAAUGUGAUCCAUGCAAUGAAGAUGACUGGUCCAAUGAAGAGAAAAGCAAGUGUGUGCCAAAGCUUGUGGAAUUCCUUGCUUAUGAGGAGGCCCUGGGGCUGACUCUUGUCAUCCUUUCCAUCUUUGGAGCACUUGUGGUCUUGGCAGUAACUGUUGUAUAUGUAAUUUACAGACAUACGCCAUUGGUGAAAGCCAAUGACCUGGAGCUGAGCUUCCUCAUUCAGAUGUCUCUGGGAAUCACAAUGCUGUCAUCCAUGCUGUUCAUAGGCAAGCCAUGCAACUGGUCCUGCAUGGCCCGCCAGAUCACUCUGGCACUGGGCUUUUGCCUUUGUCUGU